CGGCGUGGUUCUCACUUCUCCCAUCUUUCCUACUCUUUCUGCUUCAACCGCUUCGACACCUCUUCACGCCAUGGCUGCCUCGUCUGCGCUCUCGCUGGAGGGGCUCCAGGGUGCGGCGCACGCCAAUGCUCUUCCCACCGCGCUUGCUGCAGCCUCCUUUGGCGUCGUCUUCCACCAAUUCAUUCGAAAUAUCGAGUUCGACGCCCUGAUGUAUCACUUCAUGGCCCUGUCCAUAGCGGCCUUCGUAGGCAUCGCCUACACAUACUUCUCCCUCGGCGAGCUUAGUCCCAUCGGAGCACUUGGAAAAGCAUCCUUAGCCGCCGCCUCUUUCAACGCAGGGCUCAUUGUCUCCAUUGGCAUCUACCGCCUCUUCUUCCACCGACUUCGCAGGUUCCCAGGUCCGUUUUGGGCGAAGCUGUCACGAUUCUACAACGCGCGCUUGGCAGCCAAGAACGUGCAGUACUUCAAGGAAGUGGAGAAGAUGCACGAAAAGUACGGGGACUUCGUGAGGACUGGACCCCGAGAACUCCUCAUUGCACGCAAGUCCGCGGUGCCAAUCAUCUACGGUCCAAAUUCGGAAUGUCGCAAGUCGACCUGGUACGGCCAGACGGGCAACGAUCCCAAGAAAUGUUCGAUCCACAUGACCAGAGACUUCAACGACCAUAGGCUCAGGCGCCGGGCGUGGGAUAAGGGCUUUAGUAUCAAAGCCCUUUCCACGUAUGAGCCAAGAAUCAAAGCAAAGGCGGACCUGUUCAUGUCCCAGCUUUCACAGCGUUCCGGACAGCCAAUGGAUAUGUCGGCAUGGUCAAUGUUUUUUAGCUUCGACGUCAUGGGAGAGGUUGGCUUCGGAAAAGACUUCAACAACCUGACGAGUGGCGUUGAGCACCCCGCAAUCGCGGCCGUUCAUGAACACAUGACCAUGUUAGGUGUGCUUAGCAAUGUUCCGUGGCUGCUGAAUUUGCUCGGCUCAAUUCCUGGCGCUGCGGCGGGAUACUCUGGUUUCUUCAAUUGGUGUGGUAGCCAAAUUAAGGAUAAGCAGAAGUCCUGGGAUCCUGAAAAGUAUCCCCAAGAUAUUGUGUCAUGGCUCCUGAAGGCUUUCAAUGAGAAAGACGUGUCGUCUUCGCCCUCGGAAGAGGCACUGCAUGACGACUCCCGGGUAGUCAUUAUCGCUGGCAGCGAAACAACUGCUACUUCGCUCGCCACUAUCCUUUGGUAUUUCGCGAAAUAUCCCGCCACGUUCAAAAAGCUCCAAGGAUUAGUCGACAAGGCCAUGCCCGGCGGCGUCGCCGAAUGGUCCUACGACAAAGUUAAGUCCGUCACCUUCAUCGACGACAUCAUCAACGAGAGUCUCCGACUCAAGCCAGCUCUCCUGACCGGUGGUUAUCGCGUCACGCCCGCGAAAGGCAUCAAGAUCGACGAAGUGUACAUCCCCGGCGACACCAAUGUGUUCGUGCCCAUGCAAGUGAUCCAAACGCACCCGCGCUACUACAAGCAGGGCAAAGAGUUCAUUCCCGAGCGCUUCGGAGAGAGGCGAGAGGAAAUGGGAACAGACGAGGCGCCCUUCUUGCCAUUUUCUCUAGGCGCAUACAGCUGUCCCGGCAAAAAUCUGGCGUUGUUGAGCCUGAGGAUUACGGUUUCGCACAUCGCGCUACUGUACGACGUGGGUUUUGCUCCAGGGGAGACGGGAAAAGCGUUCGACGAAGACGUCUUGGAUACGUUCACGACGACGCUAGCGCCUCUGCAGCUUGUUUUCACACCGAGAGAGCGAAAGUAGAUAUUCGACUGAGAUCGCCUCAGAAAAUGCUAAAUGAGGACGUCCGGAAUACCAUCGAUGUAGUUGGAAAGCGUUUACACUCGCUACUAGGAAUAUAAUUGAAUCGAACAAGUGAUGGGUAGACUAUGCCCUCCCACUAUAGUGGUACGUGCGACUGGAUCCACGAAGUUGAUGACAGAACAAAUAUUUGGUGGUGUCCGUUUGGGCCGACCUGAGACGUCUCGGCCUUUGGCUGCCAAAGUAGCUGAAGACAAUGGAAAUAGUGGAGCGGGAAAUAGGAAGAAUGUUUUCAGAGCUGAGUGGCCGGAAUGAUUGGCUGGGGAGAAAGACUUUCGAUUAGCAUUGGUACAGAAGAGGAUAACUCUUACGUACAUAGCUACGACCAUGGUUUUGCAAUGUGUCAAACGCCUAGUCACACUAUUCAAAGUAUAUCGUAG